AUGGAUAUCGGAAGGCAUUGGUGCUAUGAGAUCGAGGACCAAUGGAUGCAGGUGGACGUUAGUGACAGUACUGGCAGAGGUUUGAGACAGAGGAAUGUACCCAGAGGCAUCCAACACCUUCAGCUCAGGCUCCUUCAGCUACUGCACGUGCCAAGAAUUGAAUUCUCCGCCACUCGCUCGUAUAAUGUCGAUUUCACUGUGAAAAUUGGGGGUAAGGCAUCUGGGCAGAUUUGGGGUUCUUUGACCCAACUCAAAUACGCCAACCCAAAUCCCCAUUUUCCGAGCAUCUGGCCUAGCACCCACUCAUGCCCAGCAACUGACAAGCUUCGCUCCUUCUUCGGCUUUUAA